GUUGUUUACAUUUGCGGCGGUGGCUUAGACAGACUCAAGCGUAGUAGGAGUAAGGCUGUGUACGAAGUUGCGUAGAUUUAUCCCAUGCGUACUGGCGGAUUUUCCCACAUAAAAUACUCAACCCCAAACACGACUUAACCUCAAAACCAGAUACUUAUAAUACUUACUCCCCAAGCCCAAACCGCAUACCAAACGCAAACUCCUCAGCUCUCGCUCUUCCUCUCCAGCUCCAGCUCUCUUCUCUCGUUUUCUCCCUCUAAAGUCUAGAUUUUUCCGUGUUCGGUUGCUGCCUCAGCUAGAUCCUUCAAGAAUCUAAGAUGGCAGCAACAUCAGCAGCAGCGACCUUGUCAUUUGGCGCAACUGCUUCCCAUGGCUCCAAAAUGAGCUCACUUUCAAAUUCGAAGCCUUGUGCUUUGAGGGUCAACGUGAAAAACUCACUUACGAGCUUUACUGGUCUCAAGGCAGCUGGAUCCGUGAGGUGUGAUUCAGAGUCAUCAUUCCUAGGAAGGGAAAGCAGUGCAGCUCUUCGAGUCUCUUUUGCUCUAAAACCUCUAAAGACAUGCCAGAAGUCUCCUUAUCACUUGCAGCCUCAAGCUUCUUAUAAAGUAGCUAUUCUUGGGGCUGCUGGGGGGAUUGGUCAGCCAUUGUCUCUUCUCGUUAAGAUGUCCCCUUUGGUUUCCUCCCUGCACCUUUAUGAUAUAGCAAAUGUCAAAGGAGUUGCUGCUGAUCUUAGUCACUGCAACACUCCCUCUCAAGUUACAGAUUUCACUGGAAAUGCUGAGUUAGCCAAUUGUUUGAAAGGCGUAAAUGUUGUUGUCAUACCUGCUGGAGUUCCAAGAAAGCCCGGUAUGACUCGUGAUGACCUCUUUAACAUCAACGCUGGUAUAGUAAAGACCCUGAUUGAGGCUGUUGCUGACAACUGCCCUGAUGCUUUUAUCCACGUUAUCAGUAAUCCAGUCAACUCCACCGUGCCAAUUGCUGCAGAAAUUCUGAAACAGAAGGGUGUGUAUGAUCCCAAAAAGCUUUUUGGUGUCUCCACCCUGGAUGUUGUGAGAGCAAAUACAUUUGUUGCUCAGAAGAAGAACCUGAAAUUGAUUGAUGUUGAUGUCCCGGUUGUUGGGGGACAUGCUGGUAUCACUAUUCUGCCACUGCUAUCAAAGGCUAAACCAUCAGUAAGCUUCACCGAUGAAGAAAUUCAAGAGCUAACUGUUAGAAUUCAAAACGCUGGAACAGAAGUUGUAGAGGCUAAGGCAGGUGCAGGGUCUGCUACUUUGUCAAUGGCAUAUGCAGCAGCUAGAUUCGUUGAGUCAUCUCUUCGAGCACUGGAUGGAGAUGGGGAUGUGUAUGAAUGCGCCUAUGUGCAAUCAGAUCUGACUGAGCUUCCAUUCUUUGCAUCAAGAAUCAAGCUUGGAAGAGAUGGUGUUGAAGCUUUAAUACCAUCAGACCUCCAAGGGUUGACAGAGUAUGAACAAAAGGCUUUGGAAGCUCUUAAGCAAGAGUUGAAGGCCAGCAUUGAGAAGGGCUUUGCAUUUGCUCAGAAGCAAGCUGUCGCUGCAUAAAUUUCUAGUAUCGGAAACUCUUAUGGUGACCCAUCUUUUCGAGAGAACAGUUUAAAUAAUAGUUGUGCGGUUUAAACGUUGCAACAGUACUUUCAAUUUUGUAGAAUUAAGUUCUCAUAUUCCCUAUUCUAUUUCAAAGAAUUUCUGUUUUUGGACGAGAUAUCUCAAAGAACUUUGGUCAGACCUAGUGGACGUGCUUCGGUGUAUCAGAUCUUGAGAUUGUAUCUUUGGUGGAAAAUGUCACAAUUGGCAUUUUGGAAUAACAUUUCUGGUGCAUAAUUUAUGCUUGGAGAUCCAAA